UCCCAAAGACUUAAAAAAAUGGAGGGUCAACGUAAUGAACGCAGAAGAUUUUGACUUGUUUGCAUCUGUUGGCGGUUUCUUCUCAAUCUCUCUCUUACCGUAUAAUAUACGGACCCCUCAUUCCAUUGAUACAAACCAUUUUAGACACACCGUGUCCCUCCUUUUUCCCCUCUCUCUCUCCUCCCUCAAACACGACAUUUGUGGAAACACAAAUUAUUCAGAUCUACCACACGUACUAACUCGUCUUCUAAGAAUCAAAAUUUAGAGAUUAACCAACAAAUUUACCAGAGAGUGUGUGAAUUUCAAUCCCUAGCUCAAAGAACAUUCAACAAUGGCGGUUGUUUCACCAUUAGCCAAAUACAAACUCGUCUUUUUAGGCGAUCAAUCUGUCGGAAAAACUAGCAUCAUUACUCGCUUUAUGUAUGAUAAAUUCGAUACCACGUAUCAGGCUACUAUUGGAAUUGACUUCUUGUCGAAAACCAUGUAUCUUGAAGAUCGAACAGUACGCUUGCAGCUCUGGGAUACAGCAGGGCAGGAAAGGUUUCGGAGUCUCAUCCCUAGCUACAUCAGAGAUUCUUCUGUUGCUGUUAUUGUUUAUGACGUUUCCAAUAGGCAGUCAUUUCUCAGCACUUCAAAGUGGAUAGAGGAAGUACGGACAGAACGGGGCAGCGAUGUGAUUAUUGUCCUUGUUGGAAAUAAAACUGAUUUGGUCGAUAAAAGGCAAGUUUCUAUAGAGGAAGGAGAUAACAAGGCUCGCGAUGCCGGUGUAAUAUUCCUGGAGACCAGUGCUAAAGCAGGAUUUAACAUUAAGCCUUUAUUUCGUAAGAUUGCUUCAUCCUUGCCUGGGAUGGAAACUCUCUCAUCCACCAAACAGGAGGACAUGGUUGAUGUGAACUUGAAGCCUCACAGCAAUUCUUCCCAGUCAGAACAACAGGGUGGCGGUUGCCCGUGUUAACUUGUAGGAGGUGGAUCAGGAUUUUCUCGAAGUAAAAACAGCUGUUCUUCAAAGGGAGAGAAGGUCUGUUUAGGGCCAAGGUCAGCAAAUGUGAGGGUCCAAUUUCGUUGUAUGUUCUAUUCAUAUCCCAUAUACGAUCAACUUGUUCCAUUCUUUAGAGGUAAAUUUUGUCAUAAAGAAGUUUUGCUUCGGCUUUACGAAGUUUAAAGUUCAUUUUUGUUCA